ACAGUUUGGUCGCCAGUAACGAAUCUUCUCCAGUAGCGAAUCAAAAUCGUUAAACUUACUAUCUAUAAUUAUUAUUGUCAAAGAAAAUGUUAUUUAAACGCUGUUAUUGUUUUCAGGAACCUUUAGCAGAUAUGAAUACACUUUGUUUACUUUCGAUGGUGACCUAUUUAUUUUCCCAUGAUGCUAUCCGUGUUACAGGUACCCGACAUGUACACAAUUGUAGCCUCGUUUUGAAACAUAAAAUUCGGAACGUCAUACUGCGCUGAUUUAAUUUGAUAUUUCUUUUCAAAAGCUUAAUAGCAUAAUUAAAGAUUAUGGGUCCAAAGCAUAAAGGGCCAGGAACUCCUACCCAGAAAAAGGCAAAGACGAUUCUAAAGAAGUAUGGUAGAAGAAUGACCCCUGACAAGAGACAAAGACUGAGGAAGGCAUUAUUUAGUGUAAGUAAGGAAGGAAAAUCAUUGAGGAAAGCAGCAGAGGAAAAUUCACUUACUUAUUCCUUUCUGUAUAGACGUUAUUCAGGAAAAGUAGACUUGUUUAAGUGUAAAGGUCCAAAUUCUGUUUUUACUGAAGCUGAGGAGGAGAAAAUGGCUGAGUGGCUUAGUGAAAUGGCACAGCGUGGGCUUGGUUUAAAACCAUGUGAAUUUUUAGAUUUUUUGGAAGAUGUUGUGAAACGAGAGAAAAGAAAGACACCUUUUAAGUCAGGUCGGCCUGGUAAGAAAUGGUAUUAUGCAUUUCUUAACAGAAACAAACAUAUUAUCAGCUCCCGGACAGAGACUGAUUUAGAAUUGAAGAGGUCAAAAGUCACCAAACAGAAAACAGAUGAGUGGUAUAACAGGUUUAAGGACUUCCUUAUUGAUAAGGAGUUGAUCAAUUUGCCUGGCAGAAUCUGGAAUGCAGAUGAAGUGGGAUUUAAUAUGGGAGCCAACAAAAGUAAGGUUAUUGGGCCUGCGAGAAGAGAUUUAGCAGUACCUCACAUUACAAGUGGGAAGCAAAGGCUAACUGUUAUGUUUUGUGGUAAUGCUGCAGGACAGAUGUUACCACCCUACUUUGUCUACCCAGAGCCUAAACCAAGGGGAUACAACCCACUGAGUGGUGCAUUGGAGGGAGCAGAUAUCGCUUACACCCAGAAGGGAUGGAUGAAUAACAUAACAUUUGGAAAAUUCAUCGAUCACUUCGACAAGUUCGCUGGACCAGAGCGACCUAUCGUCUUGCUUUUUGACAGUGUGAGUAGUCACAUUGACCCAGACAUUUUUCUAAGUGCAAAGGCAAAAAAGGCAUCGAGUUAUAUAGGAUUGUGCCAAAUGCUACCCACUUGA